CUCCAUUUCUCAUGUUCGUUUUUCACAAGUUGCGGUUUACUCCCUUUCGCGCAUAUAUCUCUCUCUGCUUCCAUCUCCCUUGUUAAGAUUUGUUGCUUUUGGAGUUUGUUUCUGGAAUGGCUCAGUGUGUGAGGUCGUCAAGAACCCCCCAGAGCUUUAUUAGGACAGUGUCUGCAAAAACCCCAGCUUUUGCAUCAGUCUCGUUUCCUAGAACAUUGCCCGAGUUCAAGAAGUACCCAGUUAUGUCUUGCCAGGGAAAGCCUCAAAGCCAGCAAGAGCAGAUACCACCACCACAAUUGUCCCUUGACGAUCUUGUUACGAGUAACCGUAAAGGAGAGGUUCUUGGCACUAUCAAAGACUCGCUCUCUAACUGUCUCUCGGGUACCAAUCUUCUAGAGACUGUUCCUGGUCUCAAAUCUAGAAUCAAGGGCAAGGUCAGAGAUAUUUAUGAUGCUGGUGAUUAUCUGGUUCUUGUUACAACCGAUCGGUUGAGUGCAUUCGACAGGAAUCUUGCUUCAAUUCCCUUCAAAGGCCAGGUUCUUAACGAGACCAGCUUGUGGUGGUUCAAUAACACACAGCACAUAACUCCAAACGCAAUCGUCUCAUCUCCUGAUAAAAAUGUUGUUAUUGCAAAGAAAUGCUCCGUCUUCCCAAUAGAGUUUGUCGUUAGAGGAUAUGUGACUGGAAGCACUGACACAUCUUUAUGGACCGUAUACAAGAAAGGUGUUAGGAACUAUUGUGGGAAUGUUCUCUCUGAUGGAUUGGUGAAAAACCAGAAGCUUCCAGCUAAUAUACUCACACCAACAACUAAGGCUGACGAUCAUGAUGUGCCCAUCACUCCAAAUGAGAUAGUAGAAGGUGGAUUCAUGACUCAAGCUGAGUUUGACGAAGCAAGUAUGAAAGCUUUGAGCUUGUUUGGGUUUGGGCAGCGUGUUGCCAAGGAGCAUGGACUGAUACUGGUGGACACAAAAUAUGAGUUUGGAAGAAGUAGCGAUGGCUCCAUCUUAUUGAUUGAUGAGAUUCAUACGCCGGAUUCAAGCAGAUACUGGCUUGCUGGUUCCUAUGAAGAGCGCUUCCAGAAAGGUCUUGAGCCUGAAAAUGUUGAUAAGGAGUUUAUAAGGCUGUGGUUUAAAGAGAACUGCAAUCCAUAUGAGGACGAGGUCCUCCCCGCUGCUCCAGCAGAACUCGUUACUGAAUUAGCUUGGCGGUACAUUUUCUUGUAUGAGACAAUCACUGGAUCAAGAAUUGACAUUCUUCCUACACAGGAACCAAUACAUGACAGAAUCUCAAGAAACACAAGCCAAGCACUUUCAUCUCUCCGUCAACUUUAAUAUUUUUUUAUAUAACCUGAAGCCAAGAAGGCAGAGAGCAUAACUAUGUUUCUUGUUGCAGUUUGUAUGUUAUAUUGUUGUAACGUUUUCCUAAUUUAUUAUGAGCCAAAGAACUUAAGUUCGAAUA